GGGCCGGCGCGGCUCGGAGCGGCCCGGCUGCCCGCGGCGGCGGCGGGGCGGCUCUCCGCGGAGCGGCGCGGAGGCCUGGCGGCGGCGGAGAGAGCGCCCGCUCGCCCGCCGCGCCGCCACCGAUGCGCUGCCCCGCCGCGCCAUGACCCUUAGCUCGGAGAUGUCCGAGGCGUCGACGCUGGCUGAGGAGACCGACAUCGAUGUGGUGGGCGAGGAGGACGACGAGGAGGACGACGAAGAGCCGCAGACCCGCCGCCGCCGCCGCUCGUACGCAGAGGACGAGGAGGAGGACGAGGACGACGACGAGGAGGAGGACGAGGAGGAUGUGGGCGACCUCCACGCCGCCGCCCUGCUGCCGCGGUCGCCCGUGCGCGGCGGAGGCGUAGGUGACGGCGGCGCCGGGGCGGGCGGCGGGGACGCCGCCGGUGGCUCUCGGCCCCCCUCGCGGGUUGGCCCGCAGAAGGCGGCGGCGGGCGGCGGCGGGGCGGGCGGCGGCGGCGGCGGCGGGGCGGGCGGCGGCGGCGGCAAGAACAGCCUGGUGAAGCCGCCCUACUCCUACAUCGCUCUCAUCACCAUGGCCAUCCUGCAGAGCCCCAAGAAGAGGCUGACGCUGAGUGAGAUCUGUGAGUUCAUCAGCGGGCGCUUCCCCUACUACCGGGAGAAGUUCCCCGCCUGGCAGAACAGUAUCCGCCACAACCUCUCCCUCAACGACUGCUUCGUCAAGAUCCCCCGGGAACCCGGCAAUCCUGGCAAGGGCAACUACUGGACGCUGGACCCCGAAUCCGCCGACAUGUUCGACAACGGGAGCUUCCUGCGCCGCCGAAAGCGCUUCAAGCGGCAGCAGCUCCCGGCACCCGAGCUUCUGCUGCGCGCCGUGGACCCCGCCGCCUUCCUCCCGCAGCCUCCGCCGCAGCCCCCGCAGCAGCCGCCCUGCGCCUACGGACCCUACGGCUGCGGCUACGGUCUUCAGCUCCAGCCUUACCACCCCCACUCCGCCCUCUUCGCCUUCCACCACCCCUCUCCGCCGCCCCGCCAGCCCCCCGCCGCCCCCGGCAGCGCCCCCGGUGCGGCGCUGCCCUCCGCCGCCGCCGCCCCGCCGGGCCCCUUGCUGCCGGCGGCGGAGCUGGCACGGACGCCCUUCGGCUACGCGCACCCGCUGGGCCCGGCGCUGGCGGCCUCGCUGCACUCCGCCAAGCCCGGCAGCGGCGCGGCUCUGGCUCGCUCGCCCUUCUCCAUCGAGAGCAUCAUCGGGGGAAGCCCCGGCCCCGGCGCGGGCAGCAGCUGCGCCUCGCAGUCGAGCGCGGCGCCGGGGCUGGCCCGCUCGCUGGGGAGCGCCGGGAGCGGCCUGGCCCCCGCCGCCGCCCUGCCCGCCACCCCCGGCUUCGCGGCACGGAUCUCUAACUGUUAAAGUGUUUGGGAGUCUUUCCGAAGCUUGCUCGCGGUGGCUCCCCCACCUGCAGCGGUAUUUCCCCUGCUUCCCUCGGCGACGGGCCGCACGCACCAUCGGAACCCGAGCACCGGCGGGGACCGCCUGCCCUGUGCCCGCAGCUGGGCGCAUCCCAAC